UCAGUCACAUCUUACUCUCUGCCGUCUCUUCUUCAUUUAUGGCUCCGACCGAGACUGGUCUCACGGACCUACCCACCGAGAUCAGGUUGAUGAUCUACGAACACCUCCUGAUGUCAAUUUUGACCGAUAGAGAGCCACCGUUCCCACAUCCACUGAUGACUGCAUCCAAGCGUUUGAGAUACGAGUCUCUGCCAAUCCUUAUGCGUGGGACCGAGCUGAGUCUCUGCGUAAUGCAUCGCGGACAAUUGGCAGCAGGCUUCAACGCCUGGUCAGGUGGCAUCGCUUUGGACCGAGUACAUUUCAACCCUCUAGUUCAUGACUUGCAAACAAGCAGGCCUGGGCCCCCUAGGUCAUGGACCAAGUUCUGCCACACCGACUUGGCUGAUCUUGUGUCUUUGUGCGGUCAAAUACGCAUCUGGACGACACGUAUGUGCGGCAUUGUCAGCGUCACCAUCAGGUCACAGAAGGGCCGGGCUAACAAAGUUUUGGUAACGGAUGCGCUGGACUUCGACCGAUGCAUACCUCCUACGACGAUUACUCAUUCGAACCGAUACUGGAGAGAGCAGUUUAAAGAGUUGUCAUCUGCUUGGCAGACACGAUAUUCCGCAGGUUACCCGUGUUUUGGUGACGUGCGCAACAUCGCCGACGAGAUGGAACGCACAUUUCUCCGAGCAAUGAUAAUGAGGAGAGAGGAACAGAAUGAAAAGCACUUGAGAAUCUCCAAUCGACUGUACGGGGCUAGUAAUCCUGCUUCUUCGUCAGAGAAAAUUCUUAACAACCUCGAACUGCAAUGGUAUGCGGCUGAUAGGGCUUGCGGGAGUCAGGAGUCCGUCUUGCACAAUUCAAGAUACUCAUACCACAUGGGUUGUCGAGAGACUAGGCGGAAGGAACAUAUCUAGUCUCGAUUGUCCCACUGGCUUGCUCAAAGGGGGGCGCAAUGGUCAGGACUGUUAUUCUACCGAGGCAUUCCAAUUAUCGUGCCGUCUCCUGUAUUUCUAAAGACGCGUUCGAAUAUCCAAUUGUCUAUCACUCCGA